CGGCUUGGCUUCACCACCACCCCCGCCGCCAACAACAACAACCACCACCACCUUCAGUCGCGCGCUUCUCCUGCGAGGUUUCAAAGCUCCUGGGGGGCCUCUUUGCGGGCUCGCUCGCGCCAUCGUCCAUGGCCGUGUCGCGGGGAGACGUCGUCUACCAGAAGGGGCAGAGUGACGAUUCUGACAUUUGGGACGACACAGCGCUCAUCAAGGCGUAUGACAAAGCCGUCACGUGCUUCAAGACAGCGCUCAAAAAUAGCACCGCCACUUGCGAGAGCCCCAAGACCUACGGGGAGACAAAGUCCGUGAACAAGCGGGCGAAGACACGGAAGACGGCACAAGAGGAGCAGCGUGUCGCCCUCCGACAAGGCCGGGCGACCUGUGCCAGGCUGCCUUGGUCCGAGGACGGCGUGGUCUACGACGCCACGAUCAAGUCGGUGGACGCCAGCGCCGGCACCUGCGUCGUGGUCUUCACGGGCUACGGCAACGAGGAUGAGCUGAAGCUCGCCGAUCUUCUGCCGCCAGCGGCGGAGUCUGCCGCCGGCGCCGGCGGGAGAGAGCGACGCGGCCGCGAGCUGCUGACGCCGACUCCGGCGUCCCGGGCCUGGCAAGGAGAGUGCCCCCUCCGCCGACGACUACGAGAUGCCAGGCAGACCCAAGGGUGGGCACGGAGCAUGGAAGAAGGGUCACAAGCAGAAGCAGAGCGUCCCACCGUGGGCCUACCCGUCGCCACCCUUGUCCCAUCCUCCCCCCUUCCCUGGCUUUCCACCUUACGUGAGCACAUUCGCCUGGUGGGACACUUGAGCGUUGCCGUGUGUGUCAUACGAAUGAGCGAGUGUUGUUAGGCGAGGAAUUAAAAGCGAUUGUUACAUGCCGACUAGAGCGGUUAAUCGAUCGGCAGGUCGCACAUCGUGGGGGAAAGCGUGUGAAAGAGUAGGCCAAAUACCCCCUAAAGCGGCUCUCAGUGUUACCACGUGAUACAUUACUCACAAUACCCCCACAGUGUUACCACGUGAUACAUUACUCACAAUACCACCACAGUGUUACCACGUGACUAGACUCAAGGUAACGAAAACAAAUCGGAUUCAUUUAUUUUAACGAAACUUUAUUUUGAGUUGUAUUCCCCAUACAGUAUAUUUUUUACAGUGUUACAGGCAAAUGUACAAUUAUUGUUUUUUUAUGCCUAACAAUGCUUCCCUUUUUUGUUUAACCAUAACACAUUUUAUAACACUUACAGGUAUGUGCAUUUAAAUACACUUAAUUAUCGCG